ACUGCUAAGUUGACAUAAUAGUACCAACAUACAAUAAUGGAACUAACCAACUAAUUUUUACAUAACAGCAAUCGACAGAUUCGACCAACCAUAAAUAUAAUAGCUAUUAAUUUUUAAAAAAUCACUUUAGUUAUAUGAAGGCAUUUACAGCUUAAACUCAUGCCAUAUUUAUAAAAAAUAUAGUAUAGUUUAUUAAUCUUGCCUAGUUAAAAAUGGGCUCUAGUCAAAGUACUCAUAAAUUUACCAUUGUCAAUGAUAGUAUUGAUAAUAUCGUCAGAAUUUCUGAUGAUGUUGCCAAAAGGUUAUACCAAAACCAUGUAGAAUAUUCUAAUAAAGCGAAUGAACCCAACAAUAUAGUACCAGGACACGUACCUACCACCAAAUUACAAAAUGAUGAAGUGUAUUAUCCUUUAUAUACUCUUACUGCUCUGGAAGUGCUUCAACAGAACCAGAUACAAUUAGAAAAUCAAGAAACUUACUGGAUAAAUCGUUUAAAUGAGCUUAAAAAGAAUCAUGAAAUGAUCGAUAAUCAGCUUGUAAAUGAAUUUAAAAAAGCUAAAAACAUAUUUGAAUAUAAAAUGGCAAAAAUUAAGAAUUCAUCCCAAAUGUGUUUGAAAUAUGAAGAAAGUUUAAAGGAUUGCUACUCUAAGAAUCAAAAUAAAAUAUUAAAUUGUUCUGUAGAAUUAACAAAUUAUGCAAAAUGUGUGAAUGAAUGCAGAGAAAAAGUUAUGCCGAUACAAUAAUAUUUGAUAAAUUAGAAAACCAAGAAAAUAUUUGCUUCUUGUAUCAGAAAAUGUGUAACUCCUAAUUAUUGAUAAUUUGUAAUUUAAUGAAAUAUUUUGGAAUGUGGAUUCAGCAUAAUGUCCAAAAGAAAGAAUUGCAAUGGGUAAUAAAUAAACCGUUUACAGAUUGAA